AUGGAUAAAGAGAAAGCUCAAAUAUCGCAACAAUAUCGGCAACAACGUAGUAAUAACGAUGACAAGACGUCAGUUGAGACAGUCCUUGAACCUAUCGGUUCAAAAGGCAGCUAUGGUGAGCCGAACGCUAAUAUUGUAGAUGUCGAUGCUGCUAUUGGUGAAUACCACGAGUUGAAACGCGGACUCUCCCGGAUCAGCAGAAAAUCAACAAACGCCAGUAAAGUUGAAGAGGGUGUUGUCACCCAAGAAGAGUUCAGUCUCGAUGACUUUUUACACGGAAUGAACAACGACGCUCAAGAAGCCGGCCAUGUCCCUAAACACCUUGGGCUCGUCUUCCGUGAUCUCACAGUUGAGGGCCUCGGUGCUGAUGCGCAUACCAUUCGUACAAACCUGAGUGACUUGAUGGCAGCUCUUCAAUUCUGGAAAGUCUUUGGCAUCGGUAAAAAGACUUCAAAAAAGACGAUUCUCCGUGGUCUUGACGGUUUCUGCAAGGAUGGUGAAAUGCUUCUCGUUCUCGGUCGUCCUGGUGCUGGUUGUACCAGUUUGCUUAAAGUCUUGGCUAAUAUGCGCGGCUCUUUUACCAAGGUCGAUGGUCAAGUCAGCUACGGAGGUAUUGAUCACGAGACAUUCGGUAAAUAUUACCGUGGCCAAGCCAUCUAUAACGAAGAAGAAGAUCAACAUUACCCAACUACGCGACAAACACUGCAGUUCGCCUUACGUUGCAAGACUCCUGGUACUCGACUGCCUGAUGAGACUAGCAAAGACUUUGUUGAGAAAAUUAUUUACUUGCUCGGCAACAUGCUAGGUCUUACACGACAGAUGCCUACCAUAGUUGGUAAUGCCUUUGUACGCGGCCUUUCUGGUGGUGAGCGCAAGCGUCUCUCUAUUGCCGAGGUCAUGACAACACAGAGUUCAAUCAACUGCUGGGAUUGUUCCACGCGUGGCCUGGACGCCGCUUCUGCCCUCGAUUAUGUCCGUUCGCUCCGCAUCAUGACCGACGUUUUCAAAAAGACAACCAUUUCCACAUUGUACCAAGCAUCCAAUAGCAUCUACAGCUUGUAUGACAAAGUCUUGCUACUUGAUGAUGGCUACUGUAUCUAUUUUGGCCCAGCCGACGAAGCAAAAGCCUACUUUGAAAACCUUGGAUUCUACUGCCCGCCUCGCAAGUCGAUUCCAGAUUUCCUCACCGGCCUCUGUAAUCCCGUAGAGCGUGAAAUCAAGCCUGGUUUUGAAAACACCGCGCCACAGCACGCAUCUGAAUUCCAAGCCCGGUACUAUGAAUCCACUAUCCACAAGCGUUUGAUGGCCGAGCUCGAGAAUUACGAGCAACUGAUCGAACGUAAUAACCCAUCUGAAACUUUCAAGAACGCUGUUGUCGCCGAGCAUCAAAAGGGCGCACUCAAAAAGUCUCCAUACACCGCUUCCUUUUGGCAGCAAGUCAUGGCAUUGACAGUUCGUCAGUACCAUCUACUGAUCAAGGACCAUCAUGGCAACUUUUCUCGCUAUGGUACGAUUUUCGUCCAAGGUUUGAUAUCUGCAUCAUGUUUCUACAAGAUGCCCAUGACGGCUGCAGGUGCCUUCUCUCGCGGUGGUGCUCUAUUCUUUGCGUUGCUCUUCAACUCGCUGAUUUCACAGACGGAAAUGGUGAAUUAUUUGACCGGUAAACCUAUCCUGGCCAAGCAGAAGCAUUUUGCCAUGUUCCAGCCGUCUGCGUUUUACAUUGCCCAAGUCAUUAUGGAUGUACCUUACGCCAUUGUUCAAGUUGUCAUUUUUGCUCUGUGUUCGUACUUCCUGAUGGGUCUUAAUCUGGAUGCCGGUCAUUGGUUCGGGUACUGUCUCAUCUUAUUCUUUCUGAACAUGAUGAUGAACGGUUUCUUUCGUCUUUUCGGUGCCAUCUGUAAGAAUUUCUAUUUGGGUACGGAAAUCUCUGGUAUUUUUCUGGUGGCCAUGAUGACCUAUACCGGCUAUGUCAUUCCGUACAAGACGAUGCAUCCUUGGUUGUAUUGGAUUUACUGGAUUAACCCCAUGGGCUAUGCUUACAAGGCACUGAUUAUCAACGAGAUGCGCGGUCAGGUCUACUCGUGUGAAGGCGAAGGAAACUCUAUUCCAUUCGGCCCUGGCUAUGAAGCGUGGGCAAACAAGGUCUGCACCAUGAAAGGAGCUGUACCCGGUGAAAACGUUGUGCGUGGUGACGACUACCUUCGCGAAGCACUCAGCUACGAGCCAUCCCAACAAUGGGCACCUUAUUUCGUGGCUGUGGUUGCAUUCUUCCUUUUCUUCACCGUGGUCAUUGCUGGUAUCAUGGAAUUCUCGGAUGCUAUGAAAGGCGGAUCCAUCACCAAACUGUAUCAUCCCGGCAAAGCUCCAAAAUCCCGUACCGACGAAGAGGAAGAUGAAAGACGCAAGAAGCAACAAGAGGUUACCAACAAUAUGGAAGGUCUUGCUACCGGUACAACAUUUUCCUGGCACCACAUUCACUACGAGGUUCCGUUCAAAGGUGGUCCACUGCACUUGCUCAAUGACAUUUCCGGUAUUGUCAAGCCUGGCCAUUUGACAGCUCUCAUGGGUUCUUCGGGUGCGGGUAAAACUACCCUUCUCGAUGUGUUGGCAAAGCGCAAGACCAUUGGCAAGGUAGAUGGCCGUGUCUAUCUCAACAACGAAGCCUUGAUGUCUGAUUUCGAACGCAUCACCGGUUACUGCGAGCAAAUGGACAUUCACCAGCCGGCAGUCACUGUGCGCGAGGCCAUGCGAUUCUCUGCUUACUUGCGCCAGAAUGAAAAUGUUCCCAAGGCCGAAAAGGACGAAUAUGUUGAGCAGAUUUUGACGUUGCUCGAAAUGGAAGACAUUGCAGAUGCACAGAUCGGUGUUCUAGAAGAAGGCACGGGUAUUUCUGUCGAGGAACGCAAACGCCUUACUAUCGGUAUGGAGCUCGUUGCUAAGCCCAAGUUGCUCUUUUUGGACGAGCCUACUUCUGGUUUGGAUGCCCAAAGUUCGUUUAACAUUGUCCGGUUUAUUCGCAAGCUCGCUGACUGUGGUUGGCCCGUCCUGUGUACGAUUCAUCAGCCUUCUUCUAUCUUGUUUGAGCACUUUGAUCAUCUAUUGCUUUUGGUUCGUGGUGGCAAAACUGCUUACUACGGGGAAAUUGGCAAGGAUGCCCGUAUCAUGAUUGACUACUUUGAAUCGAACGGCGGUCCUACUUGUUCGCCUGACGCCAACCCUGCAGAAUACAUUUUGGAGGUCGUUGGUGCUGGUACGGCUGGAAAGGCGACACGCGACUGGGCUGAGAUUUGGACCAACUCACCACAGGCUCAGUCUCUUGAGGAAGAACUCGAAGAUAUUCAUCAGGUUGCUGAGGAACAUCCCAAGCGCGAAUCACUAGCAUAUGCCACAUCGUUCUGGACGCAAUUCUGGCUUGUUUACAAACGUAUCAACAUUGCUUACUGGCGAUCUCCCGAAUACAACAUUGGUCGUUUCAUUACCCUUGAAGGCAUUGCAUUGAUCACUGGUUUCACGUAUUGGAAGAUGUCAUACACGACCUCGGAUAUGCAAAACCGUCUCUUCUUCUUGCUAUCCACCUUCAUUAUGGCCGUUCUUUUGAUCAUCUUGUCCCAACCAAAAUUCAUGACUGAAAGACUCUACUUCCGUCGCGAGUACGCGUCGCGCUACUAUGGCUGGGUGCCGUUCUCCAUUGCAUCGAUCCUUGUAGAAAUUCCAUAUAUUCUGGUAAUCUGUGCACUUUAUAUGUGCGGAUUCUACUGGACUGCUGGUUUGGUCAACACGUCUGAAGCAUGUGGUUACUUUUACUUGAUGUUUGUAUUCUUUGUAUGCUGGGCCGUUUCUCUUGGUUUUGUCAUUGCUGCCUUUUCUGAGCAUGCCACGAUGGCUUCUGUAAUCAACCCAUUAUUUAUCUCCAUGCUGAUCCUCUUUGCCGGUAUGAUGCAAUCUCCAAGCGCUAUGCCACACUUUUGGAGCUCCUGGAUGUACUGGUUGGAUCCUUUUCAUUACUAUCUAGAAGGUCUAGCCACAAAUGAAAUGCGAGACCUGCCGGUUGAAUGCAAGGAACUCGACGUCGCCACGUUUUACCCACCUGAAGGCCAAACAUGCGGCGAGUACAGCGCCAAUUUCUUCGCAAACGGUGCCACAGGCUAUAUCGUGAACGAAAAUGCAACAGACAUUUGCGAAUACUGCUCUUACAAGUCUGGUCAAGAAUUCUACUCGAGCUUAUACCAAUGGGAUGCAGGCAACAAAUGGCGAAAUCUCGGUAUCAUGAUUUGCUACUUCAUUUUCAACGUAUUUGUAUUUGUUAUCCUUUGCUUUUUCAAGAGAAAGGCUAGACGAUAG